UGAGCAGACGAGCAGACACACCCGAGAGCAGAAGUAUCUUUAGGGCUGUUGUGUAGGCCUGUUAUGUUGUGCACUCGUUGAAUACGUUCGGUACAGUAAAACCAGUGCCCACCGUGUUUGCAGGCAAACAGUUAACGAACUAAAUACUGGAAAGAGCAUCUACGAGAUUCCAGGAUUUUUUGCCAUUAUGAUCGACAUCGCAUCUCUUGGAAAACCGAUUGAGAAGUGAUAAGUUGGAGUACUCCCCUGGAAUGGGCGAAAAAGGGAACACUCAGCUGAUUUUUCGCGGCGUGCGGAGCAGCAAGUUCCGCCAUGUGUUUGGCAGCCCUGGACGCAAGGAGCAGUGCUACGAGUGUGUCAAGAUCACCAAGAAUGCCCACGACAGCCAUUUCUGUGCCGUCAACCCUAAAUUUGUCGCUGUGGUCACUGAGACAGCUGGUGGAGGGUCAUUUCUUGUCAUCCCCAUCGAAAAUACUGGCAGGGUGGAUGUAUCUGCAGGAAAAGUUACAGGUCACAAAGGGCCUGUCCUGGACCUGAAAUGGAACCCCUUCAAUGACAAUGUCAUAGCAUCCUGCUCAGAUGAUUGCACAAUAAAGCUGUGGUACAUUCCUGAUGGUGGCCUGUCCCGCAACACCAAUUUGGUGGAACCUCUGGUGGACCUACACGGCCACCGCAGGAGGGUUGGAUAUAUUGAAUGGCAUCCCACAGCCGAGAACAUUCUGUUUAGUGCUGGCUUUGAUCACCUGAUUUUGGUGUGGGACGUUAGUCGUGGUGAAGUGGUGCGCACCAUUGACUGCCACCCUGACUCCAUCCACUCGAUGUCCUUGAACCGGGAUGGCAGCUUACUGGCGACAACUUGCAAGGAUAAGAGACUGAGGAUAAUUGAUCCACGAUCUGGACAAGUCAUCAAAGAGGGUGUUUGUCACCAGGGAGCAAAAGCAGCAAAGGUGGUUUACUUGGGUAACGCUGGACGACUCUUCACAACAGGCUUUUCACGCUUCAGUGAUAGACAAUGGGCUGUGUGGUCCCAGCACGACCUCUCGAAGCCACUGAGAAUGGAAAACAUUGAUUCAUCAUCUGGUGUCCUUUUCCCAUACUAUGAUCAUGACACAAAGAUGGUGUACAUCGCUGGAAAGGGUGAUGGCAACAUUCGUUACUAUGAAAUAGUGGAUGAAGCUCCAUGGUGCCACUAUCUGAGUCAACUGCUGACAGGAUCCCCUCAGAGGGGACUUGGAUGCAUGCCUAAACGAGGCCUUGAUGUGCGCAGCUGUGAGGUUUUCCGCUUCUACAAAUUACAUGCCACUAAGGGUCUCUGUGAACCCAUCUCCAUGAUUGUACCCAGAAAGUCAGAGCAGUUCCAAGACGACUUGUUCCCAGACACAGCAGCUCCCACUCCAGCAAUGACAGCUGAUGAAUGGCUCGGUGGCAGGAACCGCAACCCUGUCCUGAUCUCAAUGAAGAGUGGAGCAGGAGCACGCACCCACAAGCCAGUGUUAUAUACUUCUGAAAGGAACCUUGUGACAUCUGAUAGAAACAAUGACAAGAAGUUCGUCUUCAUCUCCCAAGGGAACCUUGUAGACUACAGGGAACGUCUGAAUCACAACAACAACAACAACAACCAUGAGAACACCACCACCUUGCAGCAGAAUGGAAAUCACACUAUCAGCCAUCAAAAGCCAAUGAGUCCUUUCCGAGCCAAGGAAGGAGGUACCCAUCACUUUGCAUGGCGGAGGAAUGGUGACCACGAGGAGGAUAACUCGGUAUUCUGCGAUGUGGUGUCUAGCCACACACUUCCUGUGGCCACCUUUGUCACCAUUCAUGACAGCGACAGCAGUGCUAGCGAACCCGAGCUAGAUUUUGAGUCACCUAAGACGGAAGCUGAAGUGAGUCAUCUUCGAAAAGCGUACAAGAGCCAGGCAUCAGAACUGAAGUACCUCAAGGAUGUACUCGCUACAAAGGAGAGAAAGAUCCGUGAACUGGAAGCCAAGCUCCAAGCAAUUACCCAGGGUGGCCGUUUAUGAGAUGCCACGGUGGUAGCACUGCAGCUGAACUUCUUUGCUAUGUACAUACACGCUUGGGGGGGCUACACUUCAAGUGAUCCUGCCCAUUACGCGCACACAUUGUGGAAAGCAAGUUCAGGGAACAAAUCACAACUGCAACGUUUUUAACAAUAAUCCGUCAGAACUUAGGACCUAAUGUCUGCGGGUGAAGUGUUACAAAUUUAUCGGCUGAGCCUUUGAUUGAUGACUUAUGCUUGACAGUAUGCAAUGCAUAGGUGACAUUGUUUCUCUUUUAGCUUUACAAACACUGUGCAGCUGGCUUAUUUUUUUAUCAUUUCCCAGUCAUCUUCAGCUGCUUUGUUCAAGAGUGCAUCUAAGAGCCACGUUAAUUAAGCAAAGAUCUCUAUAUGCAUGACAUAUUAUAAAGACCAAUUAAAGAUUACAUAAUGGAAAA